AACUGCCUCACCUGCGAGAGGCAACCUCAACAGCACUGUACGGGAAUGGGUGAGGGAUCGAUAGUAAGUAAUGUGGCAGAGAUGGGAGAGAAUAGGAUAGGCCCGCUAAAACAGGAACGAGUGAUCCUUUGUACUACGUCGACAUGCGGUCACUCCGACUCACGUGCUCCCUCCGAGGCGGAGAGGAGCGACUCUCCUAUCGCACACUCGAAGCCCGCACUUUAGUUUCCUCUCCAAAUCUCCCGCGACGUGGUGCCUCCUCGCGGCCACCAGGAGAACCAGUCACACCGCGCCGGCGGCGCCAGUGCGAAAGCAGCUCUCCAACGCCGAGGUUCAGAAGCCGCGCGCGUACCGGGGAACGAAGCAUCAUCCUCCGGAGGAAGUGAAACGGAUUUCUGUUCUUCUUCAUUUUUUUUCUCUCUCCCUCUUUCACUGCAUCUCCUCUCCCACCAACGAGAGCACGCGCCGGUGUUCAUCCUCCUCGCUAGCGGUGCCAGCCCAGCCGGUUUCACCGAGAGAUCCAGCAACCGCCGGCAGAGAAGAAGAAAAAAAAAAGCAAGCAAGAAAAAGCAAAACCCCCCGCGAGGGGCCCACUCCAAACUCGCAGGAAGCGACGACACCCACCGAGGCGAGCCCUCCCGACACGACGAGACCGGCCGAGAGAGCUGCAUCACGCCGGGCGUGGAUAGUCGCCGUCGCGCCCUGAUAUCCCGGCGUGUGUGUGCGCGCUGCCUACCUACGCUCGUGCGGAUAACCGGCGUCGCACACGCUGAACCGAAUCGGUCCUCCGUCGUGGUGCUUGUGCUUCCCCCUCCUGACAUCGCGACACUUGUGCGCGUCGUGAGGAGUGUCGAAAACCACCCCCGAGACAGGGCGAGCGGCGCGGGAGAAGGCCGUUUGUUGUCGAUUGUCGGCGUUGCUUCCAGAGAAUCGACGUUGUUUGUUCGCGAAGAAAACGAGUGUGUGUUCGGUGUUGUGCGUGGUUCCGGCCUGAAGGGAGCUCUCCCGUACCGGGUUCCCUCUGCCGCCCGAGUUGCGUGUCGAAUCGCACGUGUCUCUGCGGCCGCGUUUGGAAAGCUCAAGUUCGCACGCGCGCGGGCGCGCGCGUUCCGGCGUCUCCGCUGUCAAGGACGCUGAGUGCCCGUUCCGCUCACGGGAAGCGCGGGACACUGCGGCGACGGAAGGAUGCUGUCGUCGUGAGGGACGCGCAGGAUACUCAAGGCUUUAGCCUGGACAUCAACUUCUAUUACAGUGCCAAGCAUAGAUUGGGUGCUGCCGACUUCUCGGCCGCCAAAGUCUAUCGACAUACACAAGUACAGGAACGAUGACGAGGUUAGAGAUGCCCAAAUUACCUUUCCUGCUGUUCCUGCUGCUCGAUGUAUUGACAACAGAGACCACAGGUCAAGGCGUGCUAUUCACCACCACAGCCACAGCCACAACUACCACUACCCUCGCCACAACUGCCACCAGCACAGACGUGCCGACAACGGCGAAAACGCUGGCGUCGCAGGCGACUGUCGCGUCGACGUCGCUGCCGGCGACGACCACGACGUACCAGUCGCCUUCCUCCUCCUUCGCUCCUGAGUUCACGACGGCGGAAGCCUCGGCGAGAGCGAUCGCUUCCUCGGCGUCGGCGGUGCCGUGGUGCCUCCGAGAGCACGUGUCGUACGAGCGCCUCUCGGGCUACAGGGUGGCCGACCUGCUGGCUGGACAGCGGGCGCUGGCCGAGCCCACGCAGCCGCCGCCCCCUUCGACGGCCGAGGAGUGCUACCUGCGCUGUCUGGACGACGACCGCUGCCGCGGGUACAGCGUCAACCACGUCCGACAGGUGUGCGCGCUCACGUGGUUCGAGGUGGCCAACAAGUCCGACUACCUGCUGGCGGACCCGAACUGGAGCUUCCACCGCAAGAUCUGCCUGCCCGAGCGGCCCUGCCUGAGGCACUGGUCCUUCGAGCGCGUGCCGCAGUUCCACCUGGUCGGCUUCGAGGACAAGGUGGUGUCCCAGGUGUCCGACCAGGACGGUUGCCUGCAGCUGUGCGCCUCGGAGACCGGCUUCGUGUGCCGCUCGACGCGCUACGAGCCCGCCAGACAGCGCUGCGUGCUGAGCAGGCACGACCGCCGCACUGCGGCAGAGUCCUUCCACAGGACGGCGCCGGACGACGGCAGCGCGGCGGACGUGCUUUACAGCGAGAACCAAUGCGUCUCCGAACCACCGCGGUGUAACUUCCGUCCUCUGCGUGGUCGCUCUCUCAGUCGGGGUCACGUGUUCGUCGACGAAGAGGCCACGUCGCAUACCCUGUGCCAGGAGGCGUGCGUCAACCACACCGACUUCGUAUGCCGGAGCUUCGUGUACGAUCAAUCCCGCCGUCUUUGCCUGCUGAGCCCCGACGACAGCUACAGCGGCGCCGCCGCCGGACCCCAACCCGAAGAGAGGGCCGCGUCCGAAGAGGACACGACGCUGCUCUUUGAGAAAGGAUCGUGCAUCGACGUGGAGAUGCGGUGCGAGGCUACCGCCAUGACGGCCAUCAUCCAGGUGACGUCAUCGUUCCGCGGCCGCGUCUAUGCCGUGGGCCACCCGCACCAGUGCUUCUCAUCUUCAGUCACCGACACGGGUCACGUGGCUCUGACGGUUCCCUUGCACGGACGGCAGUGCGGCACCAAGAACCUGGGCAACGGGACCUUCCUGAACAGCAUCGUCGUGCAGCAUCAUCCGUACGUGCUGCAGAGCUCGGACAGGCGUAUUGACAUCUCCUGCGACUACGAGGAAGUCGAGCGCAAGCUGCGAGGCGGCAAGCAGGUCCUCGAAGGGGAUCUGCAAAGCCUGACGCAAGUCAUCACGGGACUGGCCCCCACGCCUCCCGUUCGACUGAGAGUCGUGAACGCGUCCGGAGAUGAGGUCGCAGGAGUCGACCUCGGCGAUCCGCUCUACCUCAAGGUCGACAUGGAGGACGAAUCCGUGUUUGGGAUCUUCGGGAGCUCUCUGACAGCCCGCAGUGGCGAAGGGUCGGAAACCAUACUGCUCCUGGACGACAAAGGCUGCCCCGUGGAGCCUGCCGUAUUCCAAGGCUUCGAGCGAGCUCCGGGCUCAAAGUCACUCAUGGCCCCGUUCCAAGCGUUCCGCUUUGCGUCAGACAGUACUGUCAAGUUCCAGAUGACCGUGUCCUUCUGCCUGGACGUCUGCCCACCGCCCAAAUGUCCAGGCGGCGGCGGCACGGAGGACCAGCAACAGAUGCAGCACCAGCAGCACCUGUCGACCGAAAGCCGCGCCGGCCGCAGGCGUCGCUCGGCCAGCGCCGACACGCACGCGCUGGACCUCCAGACCGGCGACGUGGUCACUGACGUCACCAUGGAGACGGCGCUGUUCGUCGUCCACAACCUGACGCCCUCGCCGCAGGCCUCCUCCGACACCGAGCACGCUGGGAGGGACGCCAGAGGAGUCUCCCAGAACAGAAUGCCCCGCGACGCCGUGUGCCUGACUCGACCCGUCGUGUACACGUUGGCGAGCCUGAUCGGCAUCGUGCAAGCGCUCAUCCUCGGCUCCUGCUGCAUGCUGCUGUUCGUCAACCGGAAGUGGCGACUUACGCGGAAGCGCCUGGCCGCCAUGCACGCGUCCAGCAGCCGGGCUUCCGUCUCCAGCAAGUCGGAACUCUUCCUCAGGACGUAGUAGCGCGGCGGCUCGUCACCACAUUUCAUACGGUUCCCCCCGACCCUACCCCUACUACGGGCUUUUACUGUCAGAAAAAAAAAAGAGCGUGUACGAUCGCCCGGAGGGGAGGAGGGGAAAUCCUGCCAUUUCGGGGAAGGGAGGGGGAAGAAAGGGACGCAGCCAGCCUUUGUGUCAGUUGUACAUGUGUGUGCGUGUGUCCUGGGAAAGAGACGGUGGCGCCACCUGUCGGCGUUCGAGAGGAGCUCUACGAGAGGCAUAUGACGCACAAAAGAGGGUUACUUCCAUUUGGCCCGUUUCGGCACAUCCACGAUGCGUUCUAUGCCGAUAACGAGGUGCAGUUUCCUCAUGAACUUUUUUGUUAUAGCGGAACUCCUCACGGGCGCACGCCUCUGAAACGCGACAGUGGCGCCGCUAUCAGGCGAUGGAGAGAAACGCAACGAGAGCCAGAUUUCAUGCACAAAACUGCGUCAACUCUCAAGGCCCGUUCUGGUACGCACACUAAGUGUUCCAUGAUGUCGAGAACAUGGCUUAUUUGACUAUUGGACUUUUCUGCAACGCAGCAAUGUCUUGCCAAUAUCUUUCUUUCACGAGCGUGGGCACCGCAAUCUUGACUGUAGUGCCACCGCUAGGCGAUUGGGUGAAACUCGGCGAGAGGCAAAUGUCCCACACACAACUGCGUCAAUUUUAUUGGUCCUCCUCGGUACGACCCCAGGUUGCGCUUCGAUGCCCAGAAGCUGGCCGACUUUCGUAGUAAAAUGUUUUGUUUUGGCCGCAGCCGUGCUGUUUUUUGUGGAUGCAACGUAUCUGCGUCCUAUGGACCUUGCGCCGGUGGGAACACAUUGAGCGCGGUUAACUUCUGGAAAUCGCAAGAUGGUGUCUUCACUUCGUAAUUCUGUUCGUAUUGUGGUGUGUUCACCUAAAUAUUAUGUUGCCACUGCUUCCGUCAUCUUGCGCAGAAAGAACGUUUAGCGAGAUUCAAAAGGAGAGCUGACAGCGCGUAGAUCAUGCAAGGUGAAACUAACACUGUGAGAUUGUUCUUUCGGAAGCUUUAAUAAAUGGCCGUUAUAGCAGCAAAUACUGGUCUCUUCAGACGUUAUGUAGGCAGCUAGUUCAGGAGGUUCCCAUAUCCAUUUUUUGGUCAUACUAUUAGGGCGCAAUAAUCGCUUCAUAGUGUUAGCGAUUGCUGUUUCAACGUCGGAAUCACGGGCUCGUACCUCUUAGCCUGCCAAAUGAGCUGCGUAAAAAGUUUGUUUUGUUCAUAAGCGACGUGGCUUCUUUAUCUCGGCUGCCAACAAACUUCGUCUAUCAAGGUUUCUCAAUAGCCUGUCCUUCUAAUUGAAGCACUUACACAUUUCCCGAUAGAAACAUUACCGCGAAGUUAAGCUCUAGCACCAAGAGCCUUAUGCGUCGUUACGCGUCUCCAAAUGUCUCAUUUCUGGCCGUCGCCUCGGUCUCCGGACGAGAGCACGGCAGUAUACAAACUAGUUACACAUAUAUGCAGUACUCACGUCAGUAGCCACGCGACAGUAUGCAACCAGGUAAAACAGGCUCACGCAGGCGGUACCGUUGCUCGGCCGUCCAGUCAGUGAGUGUGCAUAAUCCUGCGAGAUCGAAAAGGGUUUACAAAAGUAAUUAUCUCAGUGAUUAUUAUUAUUUGUUUUGAUAACAUAUAUGCACUUAAAAAUAACGGUCGCAGCAAAUACGCAGCUGCUAAUCUCGCGGGCACGGUAUAAAGUACCCUCAGCGAUUCCCAACGCUUUCUAGGCGCCGCAAAGUCAACUCUGAGACAGCCCCCAUAUGUGCCAGUCGCGUGACGUGACGUCAUCUGCGCAUGCCGAUAGACAGACAGGUUAAACAAUCAGCUACGAUGUCACAAUGUUGUACUGUAUUAUGUGGCUGCCUAUGGCAAGGUGUCAGUAAAAUUACUUGAAGUGCCAGCGUAACUCGUCCGCGGUGACGUCGAGUCGCGUAAAUUGUAGGCCUGGUUGCGGCGUAGCUUGUAUUGGCCGUAAUAUAAGUGGAUCAGUUGUGUGUCAUGACCGAGAUCUUUCAAUAUCAGGGAAUUUCGCUUUCAGCUUCUUACUAGGGGGAAGAACAAGUAUGUUCCCAAAAACAAAGAGGUGCUUUUUUUUUUCUCUCUCCUCCGAAACGCGUAUUGCCUCUGCCCUGAAAAUAGCUCGGUAAUGAAACGCAUCUGGCCUGAAGCUACCGGCAAAUUUCGUGAAGGCAUCAGAGUAAUGAUCUUUGCGGUUCAACCGCGGAUAUGGUUUUCGUUGCGCUGUUUCCCAGGACGCGAAGCCAAUUUCGCCAAUGGACGUUUACUGAUCGUGCCACCGUUAGUACGGUCCUCGGGGCCUUCAGUUUGUACAGACACGGACGGGAUAAAACAGCUAUGUACUCUCAGCAGUCUUUACGCGUAGCGUCUACGGGCCGCAUUUUAAUCAACGCUUAAUAAGGUGACAGGCUGACAGGCUGGAGGCUGGAGGCGUCGUUUCUCGCAUAGCGUGCAGUCGCAUACUUAGCUCGCCUACAUUCCUGUCUGGAGCUCCAUUAGUAUAAAAGGCUGGGGAUUGUCUGCUUUUUGCUUUUUAUUCUGUCAUCAUCAAACCCGGAAAGUCAAAUGGCAGCGUAAUCAGCGUUUGCGCAAAGCGUUGUUUACUGCAAGUAACGUUAUUAAAGGUCCCCAGUGUAAAGACCCCUUCCAGCUGAUUCGCCCGCUCGUUCCCACUUAGAAUCGCAAUGAGGUAGUACGAUCGAUCCUCCUUAUAACGAACUCUCAGCGCCACGAAAAUACAUUUCUCAUUUGCGAUGUUCGUUAUAAGCAUACAUUCGCUACGCGCUGAUAUCGGUUAGAAACACCUUGAGCAUUACUUCGCUAUAUCCAAUAUUUCGUUAUAACCAUGUCAUUACACGGAGUUUCGACUGUACUUUGUGGUGCCUUCAGCUCAUCCUAGGUCGGCCUAUUAACCUGUUUCGUCCACAAUAAAUUAGAACCACACUUCGUCUGCGAGGAUUCCGGGUAAUGAAAGUAAUUUUCUCGGUCGGAAAUGUGAACGUUGGCGACCCUGUUUCCUAGGCUGACGAGAAGCCCGUCGCACAGAAAACUCGGUCAUGCAAAGCGGCGUCGCCUCCCUGACGUCAUGUGGCACUAGCUUUGCUUCCUGAGAGAUAUAUGUAUAUAUAGAGAGAGGAAAGGCAGCGAGGUUAACCAGAGGAAAGUUUCCGAUUUGCUACCCUGCACUGGGGCGGGGGACAUAGGCGUUGCAAAGACGACAAAAAGCGAGGGGAGAAAGAAAAAGGAACAAGAAAGAAAGAAAGGAAACUGGUAAGAGAAAAGGCGUUCCAACCACAGGCGUUCACACAAGCCGGUCGAUCUCAAGAAGCGCAGUAGUGCUUGCACGGCCUUCUGAUGCGAUUUUACGUCGCGUCGAUGUUUCAAAAUUCUUUCUUCCGACAGAGGCUGGUCGUUCAACUGGUUCAGCACGACGAAAAGCGAUUGUCUCCGCACACUGUACUGCAGUGUACUGCACUCUACUGCACUGUAAAGUGUGCCUUCUGAAAAGUGGACAGUCGGGGGUAGGGAUGGAGGCUGAUUUCAGUGCAAAAUCGUACCACUAAUAAAAAGAAUAUGUACCGCAAAAUGCUACCUCUGCGCGAAAUACGAACGGAAACGAAGAAUCAGCGGUUCAGCCGGAAGGACCAUUUAUACCGGCGUACAUUAUGAACGCAACAUUCAGUAUUUCGUGACACAUUCUCGAGGCAACGAAGACGCACUGGAUCGACUUUCUAAAACAUCAUUGUGAAGUUAACAUUCCUCUGCGUGACGUGAGGCCGUGCUAACUUCGUUGUGUGACCAUUCCAGCGAUGGCACAGUGCGAUGCCGUGAGCUCUCUUAACGCGUCGCGCGCAUGAGUAUUGUCUACAGUGAGUAUUGUUUAAGCAAAGAAGCCGUGUUCUUGGACAUUGGUCAGGAACUAGACGAAGUGAUAAAUUUCUAUCAUUCCGCCCGUACCGAAGCAUUCCAGAUGUAAUCUCACUGUGUCAAAUGUUCUCUGUAUUCUCAUAUGAAGACAUGGGAUUUUUCUUUAUGGCAUCGAUAUCUACUCCGUAGAAUUUGCAGUUGAACCUACUGAUAAGAAGAAACUAUUGCGUGGCAUAAUGUAACGGUUUAGAAAGGAUGCUUGGUAUUUGUCGAACGGGAGCAAAAGAUUGCUGAAGUUCGGAUUUUCAGAAAAGCACGUGGAAUCACACAUUACAUUGAUUUUGACGUGAACGCAUUAUUAUUGCCAUAGCUUUGUACGAUUGUUUUCUGUGUGUUUCAUUUGUAUGAACAGUAUUUAAUGUGUUUCCUUUGGCGCUAUCGUGUAAGUGUAAGCCGACAAGCGUUUUUUGUUGCCCAGCAAAGCACUCUUACUAUGCUGGCCUAGUUGGUGGAUAGCUCUCAAGAGGUGUCGAUCAUUUUGUCCUUAUGUCCUUUGUUCUACUUACUUUCAGCGCCACACAACUUAGCGCUUUCGUUGCCCCUUGUUCGCUGUAUAUAAUCGCUGUGGUGUAAUAACAUUUAGUAAAGUUGCGUUAAUAUAGCGUAAUCCCGGCAUGAACUUGUCGCAACUGAAACGCGAGCAGGUAGUCCAUCAUAUGGUGCUCUUCUUCCCUUUUUCUUUUGAAAGCUUUCCUAAUUUUAUUAAGGAUGCAUGAUAACCUUAGUUAAGAGUGGUGCGACGUCUGACAUUGGUAAAAAUAGAACACAAACGCAAAAAAAGGCGGGCCUUCGUAACAACGCAUGGAGAAAGCUCAGCGAUGAAAAAUCAGAAAAUUUCCGAGCAUCGAGUUAUAGCGUUACACCAUCGCCGCAUGCGAACACGUCUGUGACUUUGCGGACAUGUGGUAUAGUGUGCGUAAAGCCGCUGCUCUUUGAAUACUAAUUCAAAAGCGUUGAUCACAAAACAAAGAGCUUUAUAACAGAAACAUUCCGCAAGAAACUGCGCACAGUUGACUGAACGAUGGAGUUAGGAAAGCUUGCACUUAUGUCUUCUUCAACCCCAAUCAUUCCGAUUACUGGCGCCUUCGUGUUCAUGUGUGCCUCUUCGCGGGUGAUUCGUACCAUUGCAUGCAACUGAAGAAUAUUCGCUGGAUCUCCCGUGUUUGUUAUACAAGGGCUCUGGUUGUUGUUACUCUGAAUAAAACCGCGCAGCAGGUUUUGUUUCUGGGUUCUACUGUAUAGCCGAAACGCGUUCGGGGACUGACUCGCCUAACUGUAGUUAUCUCUCCUCCAGUGAUGGACUUCUUCCGGCUGGAAAAUAGUUCCUAAGCUAGGACUCCGUAGAUGUCUGAGGGUGCGGCUAAAAGGCGCCGAACACACAACUUGAACAAAGGCUCACAGCGGGGUAGAACGGUUUCCUGCAAGCGUUCGUCGAGUUCCGAGCCGAACGCGGGAAAGCCUCUACCUGGCCUUUCUCCACUGCGAGGAGGCCGCGUUUAUUUUGGAGUGAAAGGUUUGAGAGUGCGUGCGUGUGUUUGCAUCUUACCAUAGGACGAAGGGCUCUUAUCCACGUCACCGUGUUUGCCGUUUCUUCACUUUUAACUGGACGAACUUGAAAAGGAAGCAAGAACAGGAGAGCGGACUAUAAUAGCAGGUCGGAAAGAGCUUUAGUGUGACAACGUAAGUUUCGCAGAUUCACGAUAACUAUCGACACUGCUAUAUGAUUAAUUCUACGAACUGCUUUGGAAGUUACGCGCUGAGCCAGCCGAUCACAGAUCGGGAACGCGAACCGGGUAAAGCAUGACAAUGUUUCGAGUAACACCUCAGAACAGUUUGUGCAUAGGUAACAAACAAAGCCGGUGCACUUUUUUGUCAUGCUUAGCCAGUUUAUGAGAACCAACUGGCUUUGUGUCGUCAUCGCAGGAUUACGUAAAGUCACCUGUAGUUGAGCGAACGUGGCGCGACGUUUGGUGAGACAAGAGCAUGCCGUUUGAAUUAAACCCGAUAUCUUCUAACCUUGUGAAUCAUAGGCGGUACGGAAACGAGACCAGAACAACUAUCUGCAUCAUGUAAUCAUGUCGGUACCGAACGUUACGUAUACGUAGUACGAGAAUAUGCGGGAGCAAAGGAGAAUGCGUGCGGAGUUUUUCUUUUGAUGCGGUCUUCGUGCCAAACAAGCUUCUCAGUUUCUGCCUCGCCGGCGAAGCGGCUUUCAACCGGCAGGCCUCCUCCUCCAUUGCGCACUAGAUCGUUUCCCGUUACGCUGUCCGUAUCACGUGGUUUCGGAGACUUGUUUAUCAUCGCUGCGUAACGCAGACUGUAACAUUUUUGCCACACGUUCUACUCGAGAUUCUCCAUUAGCUUCCUACAACACCGAGACGGCGGUAUUGCGCAGGCGUCGCUGUCCUUUCCUGCGUCAUACUUCCUGGUGCGCGGACACAGCAUUGGUUUGACAAAUCGCCGGACCCAUCGUCCCCACUGGGUUGCGGCGCGGAUUUCUUUAACCGGUGUUGCGUCCGUGAGGUGCGGUAUCUUUAUUGGUGCUCGUUUCGCUUGCUCCCUUCUUGCCAGACUUUUCUUCGUGGAAGAAGGUUCAUUGACCCCCUCGCAAGGUGAGCGCACAGCGUAAUGGAGUCUCUGCUGCGUACAGAGCAAAGAAAUGCGUCCACUGUCUUAGAAGAGACGCGUACAGUGGUAUGGAUGCACUCCUCGCAGACUGAGGUAUAUGGAAGCUGGUUCCGUGUUUUAAUAAUUUCUUUGAACUGGCUGUCCACAUGAAAGUUCAUUGCGUUUCGAAGCAAGAUACCAAUCAUUGUUUCAGGAGUGAGAGCAAUUAAAGUGCGUGUAUUUAAGGGUUGCUUGCCUCUAACCCGAGUGGGGCUCGACGCUCACAGAGCCUUAAAAGUGUUCUCUCCUUGUGUGAGUCUCUAGAGAGUGGAAGGGUUACCAUUACAUCGUGCCACUUUCCACGGCAACUUAUAUUUCUGAAGACUGGCUCUAUAGCCUUGUUCUGAUGCCUCAACUGUCAGCAUAGCCAAGUACUGCUGUUAAAGAAAAAAAAAAACUCUUUUUUCUCUUUACUCCCUAAUAGGGAUUUGCGGUUUUUGAGAACUGCUCUCGAACGCAAAUUACCGCAACAGGCAGCUAGCUAUUGACAUGAAUAUUUGUUUUCUACCUUCUUUUUGUUUAAGUUUGCUUGUGUAUUUUGUCCUUGUCCUUUAUGACGUUGCAGUUUUUGUCGUAGUGUUGCGUAGAACUGUUCGGUAUGCGCCCGUUCUCAUGGGCAAGCUUUUCCUCUGAGCACGACUAUAUAGAGGACAGCAACACUUUUCCGAUGAUUUCGUACUCAACUCUAGCUGUUAAGAGAAUGAGGGGAUUCGUGUGCCCUAUGUGUUAUCGCGGAAGCCAUAUUUUUUUGCGCUUCUGGUGCCGCUGGUGUGUUUUAUUCUAUUAUUUUUUUAGUUGUUCUUUGCGUGCUCUUUUGUAAGCGAAAAUAAAAAAAAGAGUGCAAUAAAACGACCCAUACCGUC